GGACAUUAAUACGUUUUAACCCUAUAUGUGGCAGAACUAUGGCAUCAAAGUUUGAAUCCUCCAUUCAGAGGGGCUGUGAUUUCAUCCAUGAUUUCGCCUGUUCGGCUUGCGAAGAAGAUGGACUGAACACGGAAGCUCAACAUUUUUGUAAUCAGUGCACGAAAUAUUACUGCGAUAACUGUGUCCUAGUUCACAACAAGCUAUACAAGAGACACACGGUACUCGACCGGAAGGACGUGAAGAAAUGGGCAGCAUCACCAGGGACGGUGGACGUUCUUGAGAGAUGCGAGAGGCACCCCGGGGAGGCGCUCAAGCUGAUCUGUUGUGACCAUGACCAGCUGUGUUGUCAUGUGUGCGUUGCCGUGGAUCAUAGACAAUGUUCAUCAAUACAGCACAUUCCAGACGUUGCAAAGGGCAUCCGCAAAGAUCCCGAGUUUCGUCAACUACCUCAACGGGUAGCUGUUCUUAGGAAGCAGAUAGAAGAUAUGAAAAACGACAGAAAGAAAAAUAGUGCCUCACUGAGAAAGACUCGAACAGCCAUUGUUGAUGAAAUCCAAGCAAUCCGUAAAAAGAUCAACGACAUUCUUGACAAGAUGGAGAAAACAACCGUUCAAGAAUUAGACCGUCUGGUUGCUGAUCAGGAGCUGUCCAUUAAGAAAGAUUUGGAAUCCUGCACACAGAUGCACGACGAAUUAAAGAAUAUAAUGGAUGACAUACAAAGCAAAGACUCAUCAGGCGAACCACCCCUAUAUAUUGGGUUCAGAAAAUGUGAAGAAAAAUUCAAACAAGCAAACGAAAUACUGCAAAACGUGUCAAAUGUUGUAAAAUACAAUAUAACUUUUCGUAAACAUAAUGGAAUAGAAGAUAACUUGUCCUCGAUGAAAACGUUUGGAGAGUUAAAUGAAUCGAAUGAUUUUGGUACACAACCACGGACAUCACUGUUCCCCCGAGAUCAUCUAUUCGCUACCGAAGGUUACAAGGAGUACAACGUGAAGAUUAUCUCAGACAAAGAUUCAAGUAUAAUUCAAGGGAUAUGUGAGCUGCCAGGUGGUGAGGUUGUUAUUACAGACUUUAACAACAGUAAAGUGAAACUCCUGGACCAGGAGUACAGGGUAAUCCACCACUAUGAUGUCCCCGAGUAUCCAUGGGGCGUGUGUCACAUUGGCGGGGAUGACGUUGCCGUUUGUGUUGACAACUAUGAUAAAAGACAUGAACUUCAUUUCAUUAACAUUACAAAAGGGAAACUUGUGACUACGAGAAAGUUAAGCUUGUCCCAUGAAUGUUACGGCGCAGCUCAUCACGGGCACAACUUAUACAUUUCCUCAUACACCGCGCUGUACGUCCAUACGAUGACGGGGGAGCUGGAAAAGAAGCUGUACGAGGACAAGUCCGGUUAUGGCACGGUUGGGGGAACUGCCAUCAGUAACGAAGGGAAGACUAUCUACGUCACAAACCUCUCAACCAAUGAACUUAUCACCCUGGACAACAUCGGCAACAAGCUGGCCACAUUCACUGAUCCUGACUUGAGGGAACCUACCGGAGUACACGUGACAACUGCUGGACACGUGUUCGUCUGCUGUAAUUACUCCCACACAGUGCUGCAGGUUGACCAGGACGGGAAGACGAAGUUAGUCAGACUGGCAAGGGAACAAGACGGAUUGUACGAACCUAAAGUUUUGUUCUUCAGCAGCCGUACUUCCUCUCUUGUUGUCGGCGGUUUAAAAGACACGCUCCUCGUCAUCAAAGUACGAUAAAAAAUAACAAUAGAUCCACUCACAACUGACAAAAAAGACAAAUAAUAAUUGAAUAUAUUUGUUUUUGUUUUUUUUCGGGUUUUUUCUUUAACCUUUUCAGUGUAAGUAAUUUCAAGAUUGUUUACUAUUAAACACGAUUCAUAUUUGCUUAAACAUACAUAUACAAUUAUAUGUUAAGUUUUUUUUUGCUUUUUGCUACAUAGUAAUAAUGUUUAUCGUACGUAUGUUAUUCAACUAAAGAACUGUUUAUUUUAUAAUGUUUAUCACAUAUAUUCUAUAUGAUGUGUGUAUGUAUAUAUAACAUAUAUAUAUAUAUUGUACAGUCUGUUUUGUCCAUGUGCCUUUAACAAGCUUUAGUACUUUUACUACAACUACAAGAGAGUCAGUUAUUUGUUAACUAUAUUUACUGGACACCAAGAUAAAUCUAGAUCGAACAAUUAUAAAGCUAUAAAGUUUAAACAACAACAACACAUACCUUGAUUAUAGUUGGGCUUGUUCAA